UCUCACAGAUUACAGUUAGAAUAACUUACACAAGACCAUAGCCACUUUAAAAAGAGUUAUCUUUCCCAACUUCUAAAGAAAUUGAAAGUGUCGUUCACGGUGUAUUCAUCAAAUUAUGACUGUUUUACAGAAAUACAUAAAUCAGGUUCACAUUCUGAUCUGCUAUCAUGACAAUUUGGUUUGCUUUGUGCUGCAUGCUAUCUUAUUGGUCCAUGGAAAUGAGUGCUGGCAACUAUUUGAAUUCAAAUAAAUUAGGCGUUGUGAUAAACACACCCACUCUGCAGCCUGAUGUGCACCACUUGAUGGACACAUCUUCAUCUCCAUCUAUAGUUUUGACACUUGAUGUAUCUGCCUCAAUGGAGUAUCAGAAAAGACUCCAGAAAUUGGGCACUGCUGUGCGUAAAUGGAUUCACAGUAUUCCAUAUGGACUUCUGCUUGGAAUGGUGGAAUUCUCCACAAAGGAAGAACUGCUGAGUGAAAUGACUCUGGUUGAUGCCACAUCACGAGAGCGACUAGUGCGAAGUAUCCCUACCAGCGGUCAAGGCGAGACCUGCAUUGGGUGUGGAGUGCGACUAGCCCUUCAGGUGCUGGGGAAGAGGAAUGGCAUCAUGGUGUUGGUGACAGAUGGACAGAACACUGAGCCUGGCCAGUUCAUUAGCAACAUCCAAGCUGAAGUUACAGAGUCUGGGACAAAGGUUGUUGCAGUUGGCUUUGGAGAGGCAGCACCGCUAGAUGACCUCCAGCAGCUGGCAAGUGCAACUGGGGGCCUGUUCUUCUACGUGUCUGACCAUGAUGGUGUUCAGGGCCUGUUUGGAGCCCUGCAAGAAGCCCUGAAGUUGGCAAAAUUACUGCUGGAAAAAUCAACUGGAAUAAUAGAGAAUUCAACAACUGAAUUCUCUGGUGAAGCUACAGAUCUACCAGUAACUGGAACUACUACAGUGAGCAGCCAACAACAUACAACAGGUCUAAGGAACAGGACCACUUCACACAUAGUUUCUGGCAAGCAGCACAAUAUAUCUUCAUCGUGGUUUAUUCUUGGUAUUACUGCUGCAAUGGUGGGAGGAGUCAUGUUUUUUAUUUUCAUGAUGCUGUUGAUAUGGUUGAAAUGUAUCACACCUGUCAAGGGCUUUUAUUCUGUUAUAAAACAAAACCGCAUGACACUCUACAAGCUGUGACCAGCUGCACUGUUACCACAGCACAGCAUGCAGUGCGGCUUA